GCACCCGCGCGCCUCCUCGCGCCGCCCUUGAACGUGCCGAAAUGGGUAGCUGAGAACUCGCACAUGCUCAAGCCGCCGAUCAACAACUACUGCGUCUACAACGACAAUGUCACCGUCAUGAUCGUCGGCGGCCCCAACGAGCGCACCGACUACCACAUCAACGAGACCGCCGAGUGGUUCUACCAGCACAAGGGCUCGAUGCUGCUCAAGGUCGUCGACGACAACGCCUUCCGCGACAUCCACAUCCACGAGGGCGACAUGUUCCUGCUGCCGCCCAACACGCCGCACAACCCCGUCCGCUUCAAGGACACUGUGGGCUUGGUGCUGGAGCAGCACCGCCCAGAGGGGAGUCUGGACCGGCUGAGGUGGUACUGCCAGAGCUGCGGCGAGAAGGUGCAUGAGGCUGCGUUCCACUGCACCGAUCUGGGGACGCAGAUCAAGGAUGCGGUGAAUGCGUUCAAGGCGGAUACCAAGCUGAGGACGUGUGGAAACUGCGGUACGCUGUGCGACACAGCUCCC